AUGGCUAAAUUAGUUGCUUUAAUGAAUGCAUUUACACCACUUUGUCAAGAACUUUUACUUUCAACUAACGCUAAACUUAAUGUUUCAUUUUGGUCAACUUUUUCGUCUGCUUUAAUUGCUUCAUUUUUAACUUUUCCAACUUUUCAAAUUGAAAAAUUGAAAAUAGAUAGACAUUAUACUUUAGAUUGGACAUUAAUUUUAAUUACACGAGCAUUAGACACUAUCAUUUCUUCAAAUUUUAAUACAAAAAAGUUUGUACCAGAAAUAUUAAAAGGAAAUGGUGAUGUUGUUGUCUUUAUUAUUUCUUGUUUCUUUAUUAUGGUUGCAUGGACAUUUGAACCUGAAAAAAUAGAUCCUGGUUAUUUAAAAUGGAUAAAUGAUGCAUCAAUGAUUGAUCAAGAAGUUGUGGAUGGGGUGAGAUAUAUGAAGGAAGGAACAUUGGAUUAUAGUCCUACUUCAAAAUUGGAAAAUCAAAAUCAUUAUGUGAAUUAUUGUCUUUCAAAAAAACAAGAUCCUAGAUUAGGUGAUUUAACAAUACAGGAGAAAUUACCAUGUUAUGUUCUUCAUCAAUUUCAAACUAAAAGUUGUAAAACUCAUGCAAUUUUAAGAUUUAUAAAAGAGUUUAAAUUUUCAUUUAAAUUGUAUUCAUCUUUGAAUUUAUUUAUGUUUGUUUUUAUAAAAGGAUUCAAAGGAAAACCACUAAAGUUAUUAACUAAAACUAUAAGGUCUUCAGUAUUUUUAGCUUCAUUUACUACUUUAUAUUGGAUUGCUUAUUGUUUUAUUAGAAAUAAUCACCCUAAGAAUAUGUUUAAUCAGAAGUUUUGGGAUUUAUUAGCACCUUACUUUGGUAGUAUUGCUUGUGGGUUCUCAGUAUUGAUCGAAAAAUCAAAUAGAAGAAAUGAACUAAGUUUAUUUCUAGCUCCAAAAGCAUUAGGUACAUUUGUUGAUUCAACACCGAGUGAUAGAAAUUUAAAUAUUGAGAUAAUAGCAUUCAGUUUGAGUUUUGCUACUUUAAUUGCCUAUGCUAGAUCAAAUCCAACUAAAUUGAGAGGUUUGGUAGGUAAAGGUUUAAGUUAUAUGAUUCAAUAA